AGACAUUUCUUAUCGCGCUGCUUUCUCGUCCUUUCAGCAUUGCGCGCCACUGUCAAUACAACCCACACAUAGCCACAUACCAUCUUCAUCGACAAUCCAAGAUGGCUAGCAUGGCUUCGGGUCCUACCCAUCCUUUCACCUGCAACACCUGUCAGGUCGCCUUCCGCUCCAGCGACCUGCAGCGCACUCACAUGCAAAGCGACUGGCACCGCUACAACCUCAAGAGAAGAGUCGCUUCGCUCCCUCCGCUUACCUCUGAAGUUUUCGCCGAAAAGGUCCUCGCCAACAAGGCCUCGGCCGCUGCCACCGCCGCUCGCGCCUCUUUCGAGAAGGUCUGCUCCGCUUGCCAGAAGACGUACUUCAGCGAAAAUGCCUACGCGAACCACCUCGGCAGUCAAAAGCACAGGCAGCAAAUCGCCCGUAUGCACAUGAGAGACGUCGACGAUGCCAGCUCCGUCAUGAGCUCCACCUUCUCUCUGGGAGAGCCGCUCGAAACCGCUUCAAACGUUGAGACUGCUUCUGUCGCUUCUGUCGCUACCGACCGCCCCGAAGAGCGCGACGCUGACCUUGCUCAAGUCACCGAUGGUGUUCAACAAGCCAACAUCACUGAUGCCGACAAGCUGUCCAGAACCCCAUCCAACACUACCGGUACUGAUGACAUGGUUGAAGUCCUACUCAACCAAUGUCUUUUCUGCAACACUAUCUAUGAAGACCUCAAUGAGAACAUCAACCACAUGGCCAAACAGCACGGCAUGUUCAUUCCUGAGAGAGAGUUCCUGGUCGAUCUGGAAGGUCUUUUGAGCUACCUUCACGAGAAGAUUCACGACGACCACCAGUGCUUAUACUGCGGUCAACUCAAGCACACAGCUACCGGUAUUCAGACACACAUGCGUGACAGAGGUCACUGCAUGAUUCCGUACAGCACCGAAGACGAGAUGCUCGAGAUUGGAGAGUUCUACGACUUCAGAAGCACCUACUCAGACGAGGAAGACGACGACAGCACCGAUGGCGCAGAUGACCAACAGGAGGGAGGCGUCAAGCUUGGCGCUGCUCGUGCCACCAAGGUUACCAUCGAGACUGAAGCGGGCGACGGAGAUGCAGAGAUGGCCGACGAGGACGACGAAGGAUGGGAGAGUGACGGAUCUCUGUCUUCGGUGCCGACUGAUGAGAUCACUUCCGUGCCCAUUGACGACCACUCGCACCGUUACAAGACUCUUGAUCGCCACAGACACCAUUCUCACAAUGAUCCUCGACCUCACAGAAACACCGACGGGUAUCACUCUCACGCUCACUCAACCCCUCACGCUGUUUACCACGACGACUACGAAUUGCAUCUGCCUACUGGACGUACCGCUGGUCAUCGUUCGCUUGCCAAGUAUUACCGCCAGAAUCUCCGCAACUACCCCACACCCGAGGAGAGAGCAGAGCAAAGAGCCAUCGAAGGCCGUCACGAUUCCGACGACGAAGAGGAGGCCAGAAGAUCAAGGCACGACCGUGGUCGUCAAAUCGUCUCUCGUGCAGAGGGCGGUCUUGGCAUGGUCGGUGUCAGCGAGGUUAAGAAGAAGGAAGUGCGUGCUGCCGAGAAAAGAGAGAAGAAGCGCGAACAAAGAGUGCGAGCCAACUACCAAUGGGGUAACGACAAGAGAGGAAACAACCAAAAGCAUUUCCGCGACCAUCUCUUGCAGUAGUCAUGUGCGCUUCCUACCGCAGACUCUGUCCGCUGGGUUGCUGCACGCUCUUUGGAGAGCGUUUGGUACAGGUAUAUCUUAUGAUUGUUACAUUUCUGGGUUUCAGCGGAUUGCAUCAGUGAUGGUCUUUUAAAUUUACGAAAAGGCAUAGAGCGUUAUGUUUUAUUACGAGGUUGACUUAGUGUCUCCUCGUAUAUCAAUGCGUUCCUUCUUCCAUG